CUUCCGCCCCGCCCCCGGGCCCCGCCCCCUCCCGUGACGUCACGGCCGCGGGCUGCUCCGGGCCCGUUCGCUGCUGCCGAGCUCGCACGGCCCCAUGGCGCUGCGCCUCGCCGCCCCCCUGCUGCGCCCGGCGCUGGGCACCGUCCGCCGGCGGAGCACGGCCCCCCCCGAGGGCCCCUUCGAGUGGCGGGACGCGCUGCGGCUGGAGGCGCUGCUGUCGCCCGAGGAGCGGCUGCUGCGCGACUCCUGCCGCGCCUACUGCCAGCAGCGCCUGCUGCCCCGCGUGCUGCGCGCCCACCGCCACGCAGUCUUCCACCGGGAGAUCGUGACCGAGAUGGGGCAGCUGGGGCUGCUGGGCGCCACCAUUAACGGCUACGGCUGCGCGGGCGCCUCGGCGGUGGCGUACGGGCUCGUGGCGCGGGAGCUGGAGCGCGUCGACAGCAGCUACCGCUCGGUGCUGAGCGUCCAGUCGUCGCUCGUCAUGCACGCGCUGCACGCCUACGGCAGCGAGGAGCAGCGCCGGCGCUACCUGCCCGCCCUGGCGCGGGGCGAGCUGCUGGGCUGCUUCGGGCUGACGGAGCCCGACCACGGGAGCGACCCGGGCGGCAUGGAGACGCGGGCGCGCCGCGACGCCGCCGCCCGCGCCUACCGCCUGCGCGGCACCAAGACGUGGAUCACCAACGCGCCGGUGGCCGACCUGUUCGUGGUGUGGGCGGUGAGCGAGGAGGACGGGCGCGUGCGGGGCUUCGUGGUGGAGCGCGGCGCGCCGGGGCUCAGCACGCCCGCCAUCGACGGCAAGUUCGCCCUGCGCGCCUCCUCCACCGGCAUGAUCCUCCUGGACGACGUCGAGGUGCCCGAGGGCAACGUGCUGCCCGGCGCCCGAGGCCUGGCGGGUCCCUUCGGCUGCCUCAACAACGCCCGCUACAGCAUCGCGUGGGGCGCGCUGGGAGCCGCCGAGUUCUGCCUGGAGACGGCGCGGCAGUACGUCCUCGACAGGAAGCAGUUCGGGGCGCCGCUGGCGCGCAACCAGCUGGUGCAGAAGAAGCUGGCCGACAUGGUGACGGAGAUCGCCGUGGGGCUGCACGCCUGCCUGCGCCUGGGCCGCCUCAAGGAGGAGGGCAGGGCCACGCCGGAGAUGGUCUCCAUGCUGAAGCGCAACUCGUGCGGCAAAGCGCUGGACGUGGCCCGGCAGGCGCGCGACAUGCUGGGCGGCAACGGCAUCUCCGACGAGUACCACGUCAUCCGGCACGUCCUGAACCUGGAGGCCGUCAACACCUACGAAGGCACCCACGACAUCCACGCGCUGAUCCUGGGCAGAGCCAUCACGGGCAUCCAGGCCUUCGCCGCCGGCAAGUAGAGGCCGGAGAAGCGCCGGCUCCGCCGCCGCUCCGGGAUUCCUGCUCGAGCCGCGGCUCUGCCGCCGGCGCGGCCGCUCCGCUCUCGCCGAAAAGCCGCGCGGCGCCGCCGCGGGAUCUCGGGACGAACGGGCCGGCGGCGGCGGUGGGAGAGGUUUCGGCCUCGCCGCGUCCCUCCGCUUUUAUCCGCGGCCGUUCCUGACGGGAAACGCCAAGGCCGCGCGCGGAGCCGCCGCCGGCAAGCACGGACAGACGGACGGACGCAACCCGCACCCCGCUUCCCCCUCGCGAGGGGGGGGGCAACAGGGACGAGAGGCUGCUCGGCCCUUUGCGACAAGCUCCCUUAAACCUCAGAAAUUCAAGCGUU